AUGGUCGCUGUUGGUGGCAGAGGCGAUGGUUUCUUUGCUGUUGUUGGCGGAGAAGACGGCAAAUAUCUUCAAUGGUGGAGAAGAAGAAUGAGUAUUCCGUGGCUGGAAGAGUUGACAGCAACAAGGAUGGAGAAGGUGGCAAAUGUCUCCAUUGGUGGAGAGGAGGAAAGAGCAAGCCCAAUGACAGCCAUGACUUCUCUCAACUUCUCUAACAUUGAAACCCUAACGGGUUCCAAUUACAAGAAAUGGAAAGAGGACUUGGAGAUAGCCCUUGGCAUGAUGGAUUUUGACUUGGCUCUAAGGGAGGACAAGCCUGCUGCACUGACUGUUGAAAGCACAGCAGAACAAAAGUCGAAGUCUGCUCAAUGGGAGAAGGCAAACAGGAUGGCCCUUAUGAUUAUGAGAAGGUCCAUGACAAGCAGCGUGAAAGGUGGCAUUCCAAAGAGUGACAGUGCAAAAACAUUCUUUGACGCCAUAGGGAACAAGUUCAAGGAAUCUGAAAAGGCUGAAACUGGAAAUUUUCUCACGAAAUUGACAUCCAUGAAGUUCGACGGUGUUGGGAGUGUGAGAGAACACAUUCUGAAAAUGUCAAACAUCGCACAAAAGCUGAAAGAACUGGAGCAUCCAUUGACAGACCAGUUUUUGGUGCAUAUGGCACUGAAUUCCUUGCCUGCACAGAAGAGUUGA